AUGCAUCUCCUCACUUGGACCUCGUUCCUGUCCCUCACACUUGCGGCGCCCGUGAUCUUGCCCAGGGCCAGCCAGCUCAUUCCAGGCCACUACAUCGUCAAGCUGAAGGACGGCGCGUCCGAGAGCAGCCUCCAGAACGCCAUCAGCCAUCUCAACUCGGCGCCGACCAAGCAUGUCUACCGCGCAGGCAGCUUCAAGGGCUUCGCGGCCCCGCUGAGCCCGCAGGUGCUAGCGUCGCUUCGCAAGCUCCCCGAGGUCGAGUUCAUCGAGCAAGACGCCGUGGUAACCAUCAACAGCGUCGUCACUCAGAACAACGUCCCCUGGGGCCUGGCGCGCAUUUCGCACCGCCAGGUCAACGCCACGACGUACCUGUACGACUCGAGCGCAGGGACGGGCACCUGCGCCUACAUCAUCGACACGGGCAUCCAAGUGAACCACACCCAAUUCGAAGGCCGGGCCACGUUCCUGGCCAACUUCAUCGACAGCACGGAUACGGACCUGAACGGGCACGGCACGCACGUGGCCGGCACGACGGGGUCGGCGGCGUACGGCGUGGCCAAGCAGACGCGCCUGUUCGGCGUCAAGGUGCUCGACGCGAGCGGCUCGGGCUCGCUGUCGUCCGUGAUCGCGGGCAUCGACUUCGUCGCGUCGGACAGCGCCAACCGCACGGCCGCCGGCCAGUGCGCCAACGGCAGCGUCGCCAACAUGAGCCUCGGCUCCGGCAGGUCCAGCACGGUCAACGCGGCCGUCGCGUCCGCCGUCGCCAAGGGCGUGUUCUUCGCCGUCGCGGCCGGGAACAGCGACGACGAUGCCGCGUUUUACUCGCCCGCGUCCGAGCCGACGGCGUGCACCGUCGGCGCGACGGACUCGUCGGAUGCCAGGGCCUGGUUCUCGAAUUACGGCUCCGUCGUCGAUGUGUUUGCGCCCGGGGUAGACGUGCUGAGCAGCUGGAUCGGGGCGAGCGGGACGGAGACGAACACCAUCUCGGGCACCUCGAUGGCCACGCCGCAUAUCACGGGCCUCGGCGCGUACCUGCUGGGCCUGCUGGGCCGCACCACGCCCGCCCAGCUCUGCCAGCACAUCAAGGACAUCGCCACGCUGGGCACCAUCACCGACCUCCCCGACGGCACGAUCAACGCUAUCGCCUACAACGGGAUCUCCGACGCUUAG